AAAAAAAAAAUACAUAAAUUGUGAUCUUCACAAUUCAUCGUACUCGUAAGCUUACAUGUAAUCAGACAUGUAAUCAAUCUACGAUAACUUGUGACAAUUAGAUAAAGGUGCAAUGAGUGGAAGAUAAAGUUAACCUAUUAAUGGGAAAUAGUGUGACACCUUAAUAAGGUCGUUGUCAAUUAAUCAUGGGGAUUGCUUAGAGUUAACAAAGUAGUUAAGAAUAGUAAGCACAAUGAUAAAUUUGUUUGUAAUAAUGCGCAAUAAGUAUUAUUUUAUGGGAUGAGUUCUUCUCCUAUUUCGGUAUCUCUCUGCGUUAUUCGCGUCGAGAUUGUUGAUGAGGAUUCUGAAGAAUCUAAUGGCGCAAUGGCUACCAAGAUGAGAGGUCGCAGAGAACCAACCAAAAUAAACAUGGAAAAUUGCACAAACCUUACAGAGAAACAAGACUCUGUACUUCCUUCUCAAGGGACUAGCAAAUCUAGCUCUACUUCUAGAGCUAAUUCCGAAGAAAAUACUUAUGAUGAUUCAGAGAUAGCUGGUGCAAGUGCUUGUGCCUGUGACCAAAUCAAUUUCAUCUCCGGAAAUCCAUUUGUUGAAGUGACCAAAGGAAUUAUACAUUUAUAUAAGGAAAACAAAUUAACAGAUAUACAUCACGCAGCAGAACGUACCCAAACUAUCUGCAUUCUCUCAGUUCCAGCUACAAUGACCUGUCAUGAUCUUCUAAGAUUUACAGCACCUUGCCAUCAAGAUGUUCGACAUUUUAGAAUACUUAGAGAUGGUAGUCCUAAUCAAUAUAUGGCAUUAAUUACCUUUAAAUCUGCCAAUGCAGCAACAGAAUUUUAUGGUUCUUUUAAUGGCACUCCGUACAAUUCUUUUGAACCGGAUGUUAUUUGUCACAUGGUAUUUGUAUACAGUGUAGAAGUGACAUAUAAUGCUAUGCCAUUGUCUGGACACACAGAAUUGCCACUUUGUCCAGUUUGUUUAGAGAGAAUGGAUGAAAGUGUUGAUGGAAUUUUAACAAUUUUAUGUAAUCACACAUUUCAUGCAAGUUGUUUAGCUAAAUGGGGAGAUACCUCUUGUCCAGUUUGUAGAUAUGCUCAAACACCAGAAUCAUUUGCAGAUAGUUAUUGCAUGGAAUGCAAUACUGGAGAAAGCAAUGAUGCUUUGUGGAUCUGUUUAAUAUGUGGACAUAUUGGUUGUUCGCGGUAUCACCAGGGACAUGCAUUUCAACAUUAUCGCGAGACACAUCAUUGUUAUGCUAUGCAAUUAGGAAAUAACAGAGUCUGGGAUUAUGUUGGAGAUAAUUUUGUUCAUCGAUUAUUGCAAAAUAAAGAUGGAAAAAUGGUUGAAGGUGGUCCUACGGCAACAAAAGCCGAAGGAGCUGCAAUGGAAGAAAAAGUAGAUUCCGUACAGUUGGAAUUUACAUAUCUUCUAACAUCACAAUUAGAAACUCAAAGACAGUACUUUGAGGAUAGAUUAGCACGAUUAGAACAGCAUUCUGUAUUACAGACUACAGAACUUAGAGAAAAAUUGGGUCAGGUAUCAGAAGAAAAUGCUAAAGUUAAGGAACAAUUAGCAAUAUUAAGUCGGGAGAAGCAAAAUGUGGAUAAACGACUGCAACAAGUUAGUAAUAAAUUGAUACAAGUACAAGCAGAACUAACCGAAGAAAAAGAAUUAAGAAAGGCAUUAGAAUUAAAUCAAGCCUCUUGGCAAGAUAAAUAUAAAAUGCUGCAAAAUGAAAUGACUGAGUACCAAAAAACAAAGCAAACAGAAGUAACAAAUUUGAAGGAACAAGUACAAGAUUUAAUGUUUUAUCUUGAUGCUCAAAAUAAAGUCGAAAACUCUGAGUUACGAGAAGAAAUUGCAUCAGGUCGUAUAGUGAUUCCAGAGACUUCUAAUUCUGCUAAGAAGAACACUCGACCUUCUAAAUCUCGUAAAAAACGUUGAUGUUGUUUGUUGAUAUUUUCUACAAAUUGAGUUUGAAUCAUAUUUAGAAAUUAAAAAUUGACUUUUUACUUUUUUGAUUGUAUAAAACUAAAUAACUCAAUUUUUUUUAAUGAUUUUAAAUAGCAAGAAUCUGAAAGUAUAGCGAUAUUAAUUAAAUAGAAAUUAUUCUUUCAAAUUAAUAUAUUAAGUCAAUGUAUAAAAUUUUAAACAUAAAUCGAUGCUAUAUAUGUAUGAAGUUUGUUGUAUGGACAGUUCAAAAUUUGGUUUACUCUGAAAAUAAAAGAUAUUAUUUCAUAUUUAUUAUCUUUUGCCAACGUAUUGUUUCAUAUUAAGCAUGGAAUUAUUAAAUUUAUUUUUGAACUUGUAAUUAUAUUUAUAUUAAUAAGUUAUACUGUUUUAAAUAAAAGUAGCAAAUAUUUUAAUUUUAAAAUUUCCUAUUUUCUACAAAAAACACUCUAAAUGAAUGUGAUUUUAUAAAUGUAAAAUAUAUUGAAUCUCAGAAUAAACACAUCUGCUAAAAAACAAUUUUGUUUACAUAAAUUUUAAACUCUGAAAUUAGUAAAAUUGUGCGAGUACUUGAAAUUAUAUUUGAAGAUACACACACAUAGUAUUAAAAUUAUUACAUUUUCUUUUUAAUUUAUCAAUAAAUAUUCUAACAAAUAAUAAUUCAUGAAGUAUUAAUCAAAUAAUUGCAUGACACAUACAUGUAUGUAUGUACAUUUAAAUAAACGUCACUUAUGUUUUAAUAAAUAUCUUAAAAUUAGUCUUUCAUCUAGCUAAUGUUUCAAAUGAAAAAUAGAGUCUACAUUUUUUUUAAAUCCAUAACAUGUUUGUCCUGAAUAUUUUUGCCAAAUUUUUAUACAUUUGUUCGUACUUUAUCGUGUUUUUACAUUACAUUUUCCAUUUAACAAAUGAGAAACAAACAUGGUAUUGGUACUUGUAAUAAAAAUACAAAGGAAAACUUAUUUAAAAAAGUACCUCAAUACAUAAUUUUUAUUAAGGUAUACACAUGUUGCUGAUUUAUAUUUUCUUUUUAUGAUAGUAAUUAGCCUAUUUUUAUUUUCAUAAGAGUACGAGUCGCUUUUAGACAAUUAUUAA